AUGGCGGAUGCAGAAAAGAGAAAAAGAUGUGGAAACAUAUCGCAAGAACAAAAAGAUGUACUAAUCUCAUUUGUAGCUUCAAAUGAAAAGUUAAGAAACAAAAAAUUCGAUGCAUCUUUCACUUAUCAGCACUCUCAAAAUCUGUGGAAAGAUAUUACGAAAGAAUUAAAUGCGAUACCGAAUGGCUCUCCGAAAACUUGGGACAAAUGGCGAAAAAGUUGGCAAGAUUUAAGAUGUAAUGUGAAGUCAAAAGUUGCUAAAGAGAAAAAACAUGCUACUGGUACGGGGGGUGGUAAUAAACUGCAGCUAUUAAACAAUAGCGACACAGCUGUCUUAAAUUUAUUGUCACAAGUUACGGUCGAAGGAGAUCCACAAGUCGAGGAGGGAGAUGUUUCUUUUUCAUUCGGACACAGCGUUGAGUAUUUGGAAGAUGAUGCAGAUUUUGAUGAAAGUUUAGGGCCGACCAUUCAAAAUCAAGCAAUAAUUAGAAAUGAUUCGAAUGAACUGGCGGUAGUAGAACCUCCUACAGUAGGAAAUGCCCGUCUUUCAGCAACUAACUCAGUUGGUUCGCGAGAAACUCCUCCGAAAAGUUCAACUAGCAAUCGAACACGCAUUUACAAGAAAGAUGAAAGAUUUGCCGAAACAAAAAAUUUCACAUCAAAAAUAGCAAAUACCGGGGAACAAGAUUUAAAUUUAAGAAGCGAUUAUUACACAGCAAAGUUGAAGUUAUUAGAACGACAAGUCGCUGCGUAUGAGACAAUUGCAAAUAUUUGCUCAAAUGCCUUCGUAAUAUUAGAGAAAUUUGCUACUGCAUGGCUGCCUUCUAAUAUGGAAGUACAACACGAUGACGAAGACUUAAUAUUUGAGGACAUUGAGGGCUUCGAUUAG